AUGAAUGGUCGCGGCGGACGCGCUCAACCUCCACCAGCUGAGGACACUUCCAGCCCGUAUUUUCUUCAUCCGAGUGACAAUCCUAGUGUUGUUCUCGUUCCGCAGCCUAACCGAGAGGAUCUUCUCUAUCAACCGUGGGCUCGCUGCAACAGUAUGGUCAUAGCUUGGCUGCGAAACUCAGUUUCUUCUCAAAUUUGCUCAAGUAUCAUGUACCUCGAUGAUGCUUAUGAGAUUUGGUCAGAUCUGAAGGAGCGCUUCUCUCUUGGAGACUCAGCUCGAUUAUAUCAAUUGAGGCAGCAACUCAUGUCUUCCUCACAAGGAAAUUCUGGUCAUCAGGAAAACGACUGCACAAUGCAGUUUCUGAUCGGUUUGAAUCCUUCUUUUUCACAGAUUGGAUCUCAUAUUGUAUCUAUAACUCCUUUGCCUUCACUUUCUAAGGUGUUUGCCUUAGUGAUCCAAGAGGAAAGACAGCGUCACAUUGAAGGAAAUCUAUCAUCCACAACCUACUCUACACCUCCAAUUCCUAGCGAGCAACCGUUUGUAAAUACUACUUCAAACUAUGGCAGAGGUUUGAAUAAGUUCUCUGCACUCACUAUGGAAGAACAAAUCACAGUGUGGAUAAGUGCUUCUACUUACACGGUUUUCCCCCUGGUUUUGGCCGAGGGAAGGGUAAAUCAUCAGGUGCAGCUGGACCUGGAGGAUCUGGUAUCAACAACUUGUAUAUCUCUUGCAGAGCCAAUUGCACACUCAAGCCUGACUCCUACACCUGAGCUUGCAGCACAUUCUUCAAAUCCUUUUUCUAGUACAAUUUCCUUCUCCUCUACUGUUAAUUCCAUUAAAUCAUCAUGUUCUAGACCAUCUACUUGGAUUCUAGAUACAGGUGCUACUCAUCAUGAAGCUUUACAGGGGACUCUGACUGGGAGGGGUAGCUGUGUUGGGAACCUCUACAUUUUUGAGCUUCCAGAAUCAUCAUCAGUUGGUAAUCAAAAUCUGAAACACACUCCAAGUAAUGCCCUUGAUAAUACUUCUUUUACCAUUUGGCUUCUGUAA